AUGCUCUCAGAUCUCGAUCAAAUGUACUCAGCAGUCAAGGAGAUGCGAAGUCUCAUGGGCUUACCCGAACUACCACCCUUGCAAGUCGCCCCGUUGAUAAAACGAAAGGAAGGCGCAGGAACACAAACUUCGUCCAACCACACACCCCAGCUUGAAGAUAACUACGGCCCUUCGUGUGAUAACUCACCCAAGCUCACACCAGAAGAUGACAGGUUACCACAUGCGCCCAUCCAUUCUCUUUAUACCCUUACACGGAUGCGCGCUCUAAGAUCACCUGGAAGCGGCAACGAUAACUCAGGACAAGUCAUCAACGACUUUAUAUCCCAAGGACUGGUAACUUUGUAUGAUGCUGAACGAUUAUUCAGCAUAUAUAAAGACCGGCUGGAUGGCUAUAUCUAUUCUAUCGGAUGUCCCUAUAAAACUUUGGACCAGCUCCGUCGCAAGUCUACAAUACUAUGUGUUGCGACUCUUACCAUUGCAGCUCUUCACGAUCCAGCAGCUGACAAGGUCUACGGUGUGUGUAAUUCCGAGUUACGUCGGUUAACCGAAAAGUCCAUGCUCCAACGACAAGGCGACCGAGAUUACUUCCGAGCUCUGGCCAUUGCAUCGUACUGGCUCAGUGACCUUUCUUGGACGUUGUCAGGCCAUGCGAUACGCAGGGCAGCCGAAUGCAACAUCCACAACAGUUAUAGUUUUGCCAUCAAAGACCAAUCUGAAGAAGCGAUGGACUCUGCGCGUAUUUGGUCGAUUCUUUACAUCUGUGAUCAGCACCUCGCGAUUUUGUAUGACAGGCCAGCAAUUAUACAGGAUGAUUGGCUCACACAGGACUGGGAAGGCAUAUUAAAUUGUCCUCUGGCCACGGAUCAAGACGAAAGGCUUAUGAGUCAAGUUGAGCUGAUGGGUAUCCUGCGAAAUAUUCGACGCUUGUUCGGUCCCGACAAGGGAGAGGAAGUACCCAGGCUGUAUCUCAGUCAAAUAGGACACUACCAUCGGCAGCUAGACCAGUGGAUCGCGAAGUGGACAGCUAGACUACCAGAGGGACAUCCAACAAUUGGAGCCUUUCCCCGAAAAGGAGCCCUGUUCCACUUUCAUCUCGCACAGCUAUAUCUCUAUUCACACGUCUUCCGCGGACAAUCCAACACAAUACCAGCACACUUCCUCGAUACAGCUUCAAUGGCAGUCACGUCAGCAUCAGCAAUUAUCGACAUUCUUCUUACCGACCCCGACCUCUCAACAAGUAUCGUUGGAAUCCCAUCUUACCUGUUGUCAAUGACGGCGUUCGCAGCCAUGUUCUUAGCUAAAGUAUCUCAUAAAUAUGGCAAUGAUCUGUUUAGGCGUGAGCAGGCUCUUGAACAGAUCACACGCUUAAUCCGUCAUUUCCGUUCCCUGUCAAUGGGCAAAUGGCAUCUAGCUAACCUCAUGAUCCGGGGACUUGAGACAGUGACGAGUUUGCUUACUCCAUCAGGCGUUGAAAAGUGUCAGGUCCCGAAUCCAGUCCAUGCGCUACCGCCAGGGGUUGAAAAUGGAAAUGGCUUGGGAGAUAUGUAUGCCGCCAACGGAAAUGAUAUCUUCUCGGGUAUGGACGGCAACACGAUACCGACGUGGGACACUCACUUCGGGUUAUCGCCAAUAUUCGGGUUUGAUCCAUCUCUCCUUGACGUCGAUGGGUAUAUGCAGUCAAUGGCGAUCUUUCCAAACACGGAAUAA